AUCCGGGUUUCUGAGCUCCCUCUUCCUUUCGCGCCGGUUGCUGAGAACAGCGCGUCCAUGUGCGCAUCGACUGGGAAUUCAUAGUUUAUUGAAUUCAUCGAACCCAAGCCUCAAACCAAAUCCACAGUCAUGGAUCCCACCACACUGAUCGAAGCCCUGCGUGGCACAAUGGAUCCGCACUUAAGAGAAGCCGCCGAGCGGCAGUUGAGUGAGGGCCACAAGCAACUUAAUUUUGUGUCUACUCUGCUUCAAAUUACCAUGUCCGAAAACCUGGAUCUUCCUGUGAGACAAGCGGGUGUUAUUUACUUGAAAAAUAUGGUAACUCAGUACUGGAAUGAGGGAGAACCAUCAGCAGGAGAGAUUUUUACUAUUCCAGAUGAAGAUCGCCAGUGCAUCCGUGAUAAUAUAGUUGAAGCCAUAAUCCAGUCACCUGAGCUCAUAAGAGUACAGCUUACUACUUGUAUUCAUCAUAUGAUUAAGCAUGACUAUCCCAACAAAUGGACUGCAAUUGUGGAUAAGAUUGGCUUUUACCUUCAGUCUGACAACAGUGCAUGCUGGCUUGGAAUUCUGUUAUGUCUUUAUCAACUGGUCAAAAACUAUGAGUAUAAAAAGCCAGAUGAACGCAGUCCCUUGAUAGCAGCAAUGCGGCUAUUUUUACCAUUGCUGAAAGACAGAUUCAUCCAGUUGCUUCCUGAGCUAUCUAACCAGUCUGUUCUUAUACAGAAACAAAUAUUUAAGAUCAUGUAUGCACUUGUUCAGUAUAACCUUCCACUUGAACUGAUCAAUCAACAAAACCUGUCGGAAUGGAUGGAAAUUCUGAAAACUGUAGUGGACAGAGAUGUCCCUGCGGAAACCCUGCAAGUAGAUGAAGAUGACAGACCUGAGCUACCCUGGUGGAAAUGUAAAAAAUGGGCCCUGCACAUAUUGGCUAGGCUCUUUGAAAGGUAUGGAAGUCCUGGCAAUGUAUCCAAAGAAUAUACAGAAUUUGCUGAAAUGUUCCUCAAAGGGUUUGCUGUUUCUGCUCAGCAGGUUUUGCUGAAAGUUCUCUAUCAGUACAAAGAGAAGCAUUAUAUAGCUCCCAGGGUUCUUCAGCAGACACUUAAUUAUUUCAAUCAAGGAGUAGCCCAUGCAGUUACUUGGAAGAACCUGAAGCCACAUAUCCAGGGGAUCAUUCAAGAUGUGGUUUUUCCUCUAAUGUGCUACACAGAUUCUGAUGAGGAGCUUUGGCAGGAGGAUCCUUAUGAGUAUAUUCGUAUGAAAUUUGAUGUUUUUGAAGACUUCAUCUCUCCAACAACUGCUGCCCAGAAUUUCCUUUUCACUGCAUGUAGUAAAAGGAAAGAAGUUCUACAGAAAACUAUGGGUUACUGUUACCAAAUUCUGACAGAACCCAAUGCUGACCCACGUAAAAAAGAUGGAGCUCUGCAUAUGAUUGGAUCUUUGGCUGAAGUCUUGUUAAAGAAAAAAAUUUACAAGGAUCAGAUGGAAUUCAUGCUCCAGAACCACGUCUUCCCCCUCUUCAGCAGUGAACUGGGAUACAUGAGAGCUAGGGCUUGCUGGGUUCUUCAUUAUUUCUGUGAAGUAAAAUUUAAAAAUGACCAGAAUCUACAGAAUGCACUAGAAUUGACAAGGUGCUGUUUAAUUGAGGACAAGGAAAUGCCAGUCAAGGUUGAGGCAGCCAUAGCACUUCAGGUUCUUAUCAGUAACCAGGAAAAAGCCAAGGAAUAUAUAACCCCAUUCAUUAGACCUGUUAUGCAAGCUCUUCUUCAUAUUGUACGGGAGACUGAAAAUGAUGACCUCACAAAUGUUAUUCAAAAAAUGAUAUGUGAAUAUAGUGAAGAGGUCACUCCAAUUGCUGUCGAAAUGACUCAGCACCUGGCUACUACAUUUAACCAAGUAAUCCAGACUGGACCAGAUGAGGAAGGUGGUGAAGACAAGGCUGUGACAGCAAUGGGCAUCCUGAACACUAUUGACACACUGCUCAGUGUGGUUGAGGACCAUAAAGAGAUCACACAACAACUAGAAGGAAUUUGUUUACAGGUCAUAGGUACGGUUUUGCAGCAGCAUGUUUUAGAAUUCUAUGAGGAGAUCCUGUCCUUGGCACACAGCUUAACCUGUCAACAAGUAUCCCCACAGAUGUGGCAGCUGUUACCACUUGUCUUUGAGGUUUUCCAGCAAGAUGGUUUUGAUUACUUCACAGAUAUGAUGCCUCUUCUGCAUAACUAUGUAACGGUUGAUACAGAUACUCUUCUUUCUGAUACCAAAUAUCUAGAAAUGAUUUACAGCAUGUGUAAAAAGGUUUUAACAGGUGAUGCAGGCGAAGAUGCCGAGUGUCAUGCAGCUAAAUUGUUAGAAAUUAUAAUUCUGCAGUGCAAAGGGCGAGGCAUUGAUCAGGUGGUUCCUCUGUUUGUUGAGGCUGCUCUUGAAAGGCUGAUCAGAGAAGUGAAGACAAGUGAAUUAAGAACAAUGUGCCUGCAGGUAGCAAUUGCUGCUCUAUAUUAUAGUCCUCCUCUUCUCCUCAACACAUUGGAGAAUUUGCGCUUUCCUAACAACACCGAACCAAUCACCAAUCAUUUCAUCAGCCAAUGGCUUAAUGAUGUUGACUGUUUUCUUGGCCUCCAUGAUAGAAAAAUGUGUGUACUGGGUCUGUGUGCUCUCAUUGAUCUUGAGCAGAGGCCACAAGUUUUAAACCAGGUUGCUGGACAGCUGCUUCCAGCUACUAUCCUCUUAUUCAAUGGCUUGAAACGAGCCUACGCCUGCCGUGCUGAGCAUGAAAAUGAUGAUGACGACGACGAUGAUGCUGAGGAGGAAGAUGAAAAUGCAGAACUUGGCAGUGAUGAAGAUGAUAUUGAUGAAGAAGGACAGGAAUAUCUAGAAAUGCUGGCAAAGCAAGCAGGUGAAAGUGCAGAUGAUGAAGACUGGGAGGGGGAUGAUGCUGAGGAGACUGCACUAGAAGGUUACACUACUAUAGUCGAUGAUGAAGAUAACCCAGUUGAUGAAUAUCAAAUUUUUAAAGCCAUCAUGCAAAACCUGCAGACUAGAGAUCCAGCUUGGUACCAAGCUCUUACACAGUCUUUAAAUGAAGAACAAGCAAAACAGUUACAAGACAUUGGCACCCUAGCAGAUCAGAGACGGGCAGCUCAUGAAUCUAAAAUGAUUGAAAAACAUGGAGGAUACAAGUUUUCUACUCCUGUUGUGCCAAGCAACUUUAAUUUUGGAGGAAGUGCCCCUGGAAUGAAUUGAGUCAUCGCCUCAUCUUUUUCUUGCUAUGUGACUGAUUGUAGUGAAAAGCUUGUGUUGUUCCCUCUAAUAGUGGUUCAAGAACUGGCUCUUCUGACCCACUCUUCAAUCUAAACCAACUUUAAUACACUUUAAUGAUUUGGGCAUAGGCCAGAAGAUGUGGGAUAGCAACCAUUGUGACCUUUGGCUCAGAAACUGUCAGGUUCAUUAAUAACUUGAAAAUCAAGCUCCAAGCACUUUGGUGUUUUUUAGGAGUCCAAAUUCUGGAGGGAUGUCAUGAUGGCAGCUUGCUCUUCCAAGGAAACAAAUGGAGGGAUUUGAAUUGUUGACAACCAAACCACAACCCACCCCCUUUUUAUUUUGUAGACUAGAAAGGCCACUUUCUCAAUUACACCUGUGACAGUACAGUAGAUGUCUCUUUUUCAUUAAAGUGUUCCCAUAUUUUUAUUGUAUAUAAAGACAAGGUACUAUAGUAGCCUUGCUUUAAAAGAAGGCAUGUGUAAGGAAGUGUAAAAGACUGUAUUCAAGUGUAGCUUAUUGAAUACUCGUCACAGCACUAUAUAAUAUGCCUGAUACCUGUACAUUAACUGGCACUUUCAUAUUUUUUCAGGCCUCCUCGCCAGCUGUAUAAUUUACUAAGUUAAGGAGAAAACUGUAUCAACUCUUAAUUUGGUAGAUAAAUCUGAAUGGUUGUCGCAUUGAUUUAAGGAAAUUAGUUUUUUUUGGGGAGGGGGGGGGCUUGUGGCAUUUUCUUGCUGCUAAAAUGGCAACACCCUCUGAUGGUAUUUUUAAAGCUGUUGGUGUUAAAGAUACAAGACAUUGUGUUGUACACACUGAAAAAUCAGUUGAAUACUAAAUUGACGCAUGUACAAUUGGACUUGAAGUUCUAACUUGGGUCGAAUUAUUCUUGAGCAGUUGGUUGGUGUGUGUAUGGAUGAACCAUCUAUAUAUGCAAUGGAAUAUUAAAAAGAAAAUCAAAAAAAAA